GUUUGUUUUGUUUGUGAAGUGGGCUGUUCAAUAAAUUUUUGCUUUAGUUACUUUGCCCAUAGUUCAAUAAGUAAAAAAAAUAUGUUCCCUGGAAAUUAACCGGAAGUCCAAGGUUUCAUUGGCUGCAUUCGUUGACGUCAAAUUGUAUAAAUAAAUAGCAUCUGCUUAAAGACUUUAUCUCAAUACAAAAGUUCAAAUUUUUCAAAUGCAAAUUAAGCAGCUAACGUGAAAGGAAAACUCUAGCAUUCCCAAAAAAUUAAAAAUAUUAUGCAUAAGUACGUAGGCAAAACUUUCUGAGAGUGAAUAGUAAACAGCACACAACUGUAUGCAGCAUCGUUGAGCAUCAUUCAAGCUUAAGUGCUAAAAUGGCAGGCAUAAAAAAGAUCUUACUAAUUAGCGGGAAAAGAAAGUCGGGAAAAGAUUACCUUUCUGGCACACUUCAGAAUUCAUUCAGUGAUCGUAGUCAAAUAAUUCAUAUUUCAGCACCCAUAAAGGCUGAGUGGGCAAAACGACUUAAUCUUAACUUGAAAGAAUUGUUGAGCGAUGGCCCAUACAAGGAAAAAUAUCGGAAAGAUAUGAUCGAAUGGAGUGAUUCGGUGCGUGCCAAAGACUAUGGCUACUUCUGUCGAGCGGCAAUGUUGGAUGCGAAUGCUGAAAUCAUAAUCGUUAGCGACAUACGCCGCAAGUCGGAUAUUAAAUACUUCCGUGAGACUUACGGCCCACUUGUAUUUACUAUACGUAUUAAUGCCAAGGACGAAAUACGUACCGAACGGGGUUGGAUUUUCACAAGUGGUAUCGACGAUGUUGUAUCCGAAUGUGAUUUAGACGAUUAUCAGCAAUGGGAUCUUGUCUUGGAGAACAAUUGUGUGUCAGAUGGCGAGACGUGCAUCAAAGAUAUACGAACGACAUUUGCACUCUAAUAUGAAUACAAGGUGGCGCAAAAUUAGUCACCCUAUCGAAAGAUUUAUAAUUUUUGUAAAUAAAGGGUUUUUCAAUAAGGGCGGGUAGAUGAUGAAAUGGAAUAAAAUGGCGUUUGCUGUGUGGCACGUAGCACCGUCCUGCUGGAACCACAUGUCGUCUAGGUCCAUAUGGUUCAAUAUGGGCCAUAAGAAACUGGAAGGGCCACCACGUCUACCGAAAAAUGGGCGCAAUGCGCGCAACGUUUGCGUUAAUGAACACUCAUUUUGAUACUAAAGUUUUAUCAUUUGAACGUGCUCUUCAAUAGUGUAACUUGCCAUGAUGAUUUGGCAUAAACAACUAAAUAAUAAACAAAAGAUUUGACAGAUGUCACCAAAACAAAAUGGCUGCCACAGUGCGCCAAAAUCGACCCGCACCAAUUGAAAAACCCUUUAGUUGCGUGUACGUCAAACAUAUUAUAUGUGACACUUGUAAAAUAGACAAACGGACAAGCAUUAGAAGGCGUAAAGGGCAAAAUAACGGUUUUCAUCACUCAAAAAUAUUUAAUUUUUUAUUAAAGUUUUGAAAAAAAAAAUAGAUGAUUAAGCUUGUGCCACCUUGUACUAGAGCAAUUAAGCAAUACUAUAGCAGUAAGUGUUUUUCAAAGGUAAAACUGUGGUAAAAAUCUCAAUAAAAACUGUAGUGUAGAAUAGUGUUUAGAAUAAAAUGCACACGUGUUACAUAUAUACAUACAUAUACAUAUAUAUAUACAUAUACAUAUAUAUAUACAUAUAACUGUACUGUCAAAGCAAGCAGAAAAAGUCGAGUUAUGGCUCAUAAAUUUUUAAAGACUUGCGACAUUCAUGCAGCUCAAUAAAGUGGUGUUAGUCAA